AUGAAUUCGGGCAGCAAACGAAUGAGCUUGGUAAUUCCAAGUCUGCAAUGGGCUGGAUUGGCCGUCACUCGCUACAGGCUGGUUGGGUGUAUCAGAUCGAGGGACAGCAUCACUGCGCGCUGGACGACACUCGGCCUCCAGCACGAGAGGCAUAGGUCAAAAGGAAUCACCUCACAGCCUGAAUACCUCGAACGACGACAUGCCUCUACCUCAGCUAGCAUUGACACCAGCCAACCAGCUAUCUACAAGCCUCCGAGUCAGGGCCUGAUUUCGAAACUCCCGCCAUCAUGGAUUCCAUACGCCGAACUGGCCCGACUUGACAAGCCAGCAGGCACUUACUAUCUCUACUUUCCAUGUCUCUUCGCCACAUUACUUGCUGCACCCUUGGCAGUACCUGUCGCGACGCCACUCGAGGUCAUGUCUACGAGUGCGCUAUUCUUCGCCGGCGCCCUGAUCAUGCGGGGCGCUGGCUGCACUAUAAAUGACUUGUGGGAUCGCAAUCUCGACCCCAAGGUGGAAAGAACAAGGCUGCGACCGAUUGCAAGAAGGGCAGUCACGCCCCAAAAUGCUGUUAUCUUUCUUGGCUUCCAGUUGCUCACCGGAUUGGGCAUAUUGCUCCAGUUUCCCAUUGGAUGCUUCUUCUAUGCGACGCCUAGCUUGUUCUUCGUCACCGUUUACCCAUUGGCGAAGCGAGUCACAAAUUAUCCACAGUUCGUGCUCGGUCUGACCUUCUCUUGGGGUGCCAUUGUCGGGUUUCCAGCCAUGGGCGUGGAUCUGCUCUCGCACCCUACCGCCCUUGGAGCAGCCGCUGCAUUGUAUGCCAGCUGCGUGACGUGGACUCUCAAUUAUGAUAUGAUCUAUGCAUUCCAAGACAUCAAAGACGAUGUCAAUGCUGGCAUCAAAUCGAUCGCGCUGGCCCAUGAUCAUAAUGCGAAGGCUGUCCUCCUGGGACUUUCCGCGGUCCAGGUCGGUCUUUUGGGUUUGGCUGGUUAUCUGGUUGGUGCAGGACCUGUCUUCUUUGCUGGCAGCUGCGCGUACAGGACUGCGCAAAGUGGUUCCGACAAGGUGCAUGGCUGA